UUUAGGAACUGUAUAUACUGUGCCUACACUUUGCCUGCUACUUAGGCAAUUUGUAAUUACCUGCAUUAACAGUUCACACUGUAAACUUUUGAUAUGGCAGAGCAUGAUCCACCAACAAUAAGUCAGCUGUUAGCAACACAGCCUGAUAUAUUAAAUGACUCAAUAGACUCUGAAGUUUCAACCUCUGCAAUUUUAAAUGAAUCAAACACUUCGAUUAACAUUGUGCCUGACACGCAACUUGAAAUCACACUCUCUCCUCGCAGUAACCUGAGCCAACGUCGCACACUACGCCCUAGACCCCAACCCCCAAAAACACCGGGCAGAGCCAAGCCUAAGGGCAGACCACCCAAAACAACAAGCGAUUGUGCCAAAAUCCUUAAUGCCAUAAUGGAUCUUAAAGCUUACCACAAAAGCUGCAUGGACACUGCAAAUACAACACUCAUUGCUUUACAGAAGACUAAUGAAGACCUUGUGAAGCAACUUGCCUCUAAAACAGUGCAAUGUAGUGAACUUGAUAAAGAAUGCCAAAGUCUUCGCCAACACCUCAGUGCUGCCAAGGCAGAGGCUAGAACCAAUGCAAACUGCCAACCACAAACACUUAAUAAUCUGAUCAUUGGAAGCUCGAUAGUGCGUGAUAUUGACCCCUCAAAGCUCGUCAACACUGAUGUCAUACCCAUAGGGGGUGCUGACAUAGACACUGUACAUAAAAAGCUGACAUCCUUGGAGACGAAAUAUAAUACUGUAUACUUACAAGUAGGGAGCAACGAUUGCACCAAACCUUCCAAACCAGAUGAGAUUGUCAACGAUUUUAAGCUGCUUAUAAAAGGGGCCAGUAACAUUGCAUCCAAAGUGGUUGUAUCCAGUAUCUGCCCCAGAACUGACAAGCCAUCAGCCCAGGAGAAAGCAGAGUCCAUUAAUGCAGCAUUACAAGUGAUAUGUGAGGAUGAUAAUACAAUCUUCGUGAACAAUGACACCACCUUUAAGCUACAUGAUGGAGCCAUUAACGAAGGUUUCCUCUUACACGAUGGUCUGCAUCUUUCUAAGGCCGGGACUAAUCGCCUUGCUAUCAACAUGGGAUUAAAGACCAAGGCAAAAGAUAUCACCAAGCCAUUUAAGCCCAAGCAAAGGAAGCCUAAGCAGAAUACACCCAUUCCACCAGAGGAAACCCCCGCUGUUUCUCCAGCUCAUCCCACUACUCCAGUACCCCAACCUCAGCACAUUAUACAACGCGCUAGAGAGCCCGAACACUCUUGGACUACCGUUACAAGUAGGGGAAAUAAGCAGCAGAAUGAUGUCACAGCUAGGGGCCAAAGCAGGAGUUCAAACAAUGCACCCUACUGUUACAAAUGCGGCGAAUCUAGCCACCUAGCCAACACAUGUUGGCACCCCAGCACCGUACGCUGCUACAAAUGCAAGGGGAUAGGCCAUAAACAAUCUAGGUGUACUAACAAUGCCCAGCCAAACCCCUACACCAACAAUGCGCAAAAUCAAUACUAGGUACUUGGUGAGGAUAUCGCCUUCUCCCCUGUGAACGCUCUCACCCAUGGCCCUAAACCCAACACUACGACACAUAAGCGUACACGUAGAGGUGCACGUAAAUCUACACAGGCUGCGAAUAUGCCUCUAAAAAUUGGUUUUAAUAAUGUAGAGUACCUAGGACUUGCAAAACAAAAUGAACUU